UGACUGAUUUGGAGCUGUAGUCAGCAUAUACUGAAUACCUUUCCCAACCAGAAGUUGUAAAUUUUGUUUCUUGGUUGUUCUACAUACACCAUUUACUCUGUAGAAUGUGAUGAAAUCAAUUAUGGUCAAAGAGUCAACAUAUUAAAAGUCAGCUUCACUUUUGAGGAACAUACGACACUUAGGGGGUCUGUUUAGGGGUUUUCCCCCUCUGUCUGGGAGGAUACAUGGAGGUGAAGUCCACAAUCAGGGUGGAGGACGAAAAAAAUGUAUGUUAUUAUGUAUAGCCGACUUUCAGAGCUUUUAAUCAAAGUACAACAAGGAUGAUAUUCAUAGAAUGUGGUUUGGCUGCAUGGCUUAUCCUCAGCAGUAAUAGUUUCAUGUUGGUUGAUAUCCUCGUCAUGGCCUCUUGGCGAAGCCACUUGACUCUUACUUGACUUCCACAAGUUUGCUUAGCUCAGGAGCAACAGUGCCAAACCUCUGGUUUUCAUUAGACAUGUAGACAUGAAUGUGAAAUAAAUCUUUUUUUCAGAGCCAUAACUAUUCACCGCCUGCCUUGUCAACUUUGUGGCAUUCCCCGCUAACUGCGUUAAUGCUCUGUUACUCAUAGACUCUUAGAUGACGAAGAACGUAUGACACUGCACGUCCUGAUUAUUCAACGGGACGCUAGCUUUUCCUGCCAUUUGUCUACUGAACAUCAUUCACUGCCGAAAUCUGAUUUUGGAGAGGAAUAAAUCUCAAUAACGACACGUAUAUUUAGAAAAUGAAAUGUUUUAAAACUUUAAAGAUUUACUUGAUGCCUAAUAUUGAUAUCUUGUGUCAGUGGUCUUUUGGUGUUUCUCUGCAUCUAUCUUUCUCUGACUGUUAAGACAUUUCCCUUUCUUGCUUUUUCCUACUUCCCUCCUGGUCCUUCCUUUCUAAAUUUAUUUUUGUCAUUUUAUCUUUCCAUUCUCCACACUCCCGUCCAGUCCUCACCUCCCUCUCUCUUACUCCCUCAGAUGGAGGAGUCUGGCAGUCCCCGAUUUAGGAAGCUCCAUUUCCCAGUGGGCUUGUGGAUAAAUUCUCCACGGAAACACUUUGCUAAGCUGGGAGCUCGCUGGCCCAGUGCAGCAUCAGUCAAGUCCACAACCAGCUCAGAUGCCGCUUCCCUUCCCGAGGCCCCAUCAUCAGUCCCUUCCUCCCUCUCUCACUCCACCUCUUCUCUUGCCCCACCCUCUCCAUCCCCUUCUCCAGCUUUCCUCCGCCCUCGCCCCGCCAAUCAACAGUCCCGGGCCAAGCGGCUGUCUCACCUUUUCCUGAGAGGCCGGUCCAACAGCGACAGAGACCGUGCCAUUGGAGAACGUGAGAGGGAAAUAUGGGCGCAUUCUGCCACCCCUUCAUCACAUCACUACCUGCCUCCCGCUUCCUCUAAUGCCCCUGGGCUGGUCAAGAUCUAUGGAGAUGCCCUCUCCAGUGGAGCGAACUAUCGGAGCCUGCUGGCAAACAUGCACUCCACUGCCCGCCAGCUCAUUCAGCAGGUCAUCACCCGCUACACUGAGAGAGAAAGAGAGAACGAGAGUGAAGACACAGCUCUCCAGAAAUAUUCCCCCGAGGACUUCCUUUUAUGUGAUGUCAUUGGAAAGCCCAUUCAGCAGCCAGAUGGAGCCAUUAAAUGGCAAACAGAGUGCCGAAGGAGCGUGGCAUCCUGGGAAUGCCCCUUACAGCUAGUGGACAUGUGGAGGCCGAAGGAUGGUUUCGAACGACGGUUUGAGAUCCAGCGCCUUGAUGAAUAUGAGAGGGAGGAGAAAGAGAAGGAGAAAGAGAGAGAGAGGGAUGGAGAAAGCUAUCAAGGAGUCCGUUGGAGGCGGAGCCGCAUGUCCUCUGGGGGCGGGCCAGAUGAAGAGCGAGGUCAUCGAGGGCGGAACACAGAACUGAGGAGGAGUAUUAGUGAUAUGAACCUGAGUCUAAGACGUCGUCAGGGCAACGCGAGCAAUGACCCUCGGCGUUCUGGCAAUGCCCCAAAUGGACAGGAGAGAAAGAACAUAGUGAGCAUGCUAGCAGCUGAAGGAGGAGAGGUCACUGGGUCAAGAAGUGGUGGAGGUGAAACAGACAGACGCACUCGGGCAGCAGAAGAAGACAGCGACAUCUGUGACCUGGAAGUGAUGUCGCAGAGUCUGAUCCUUCCACCGACAGACAGACCUUACUUCCUGUUACUGCAAGGCUAUGACCAGAGCAAGGACUUUGUGUUGUACAUAAUGGCGAGUCACACACAUGUUUUUGGGCGGAAGCCAACGUUUCGUGAGCGUGAGAUGGACAGGGAGAGAGAGAGGAAGGGGAAGAGGCCUCUAAAAGUGGACACUUACCUCUCAGCGCCUGACCUGCUUGCCCGACACCUCCUGAUCAGAAGAGACACGGCCGUCCCAGAGCAACCGCGAGGUCAAGCCUUGGCACGUCCAUUCAGAGGAGGACCUGUCACUCUUAACGGAGCCCCACUUUACAGGGAAGCAGCCCUAAAGCCUGGAGACUUGUUGGGUCUUGGCAGCCACUUCCUUUUCCUUUACCGUGACCCCCGUGUGACCCCUGCUCCGCCCCUGGCCUUACCACCACCAUGGCAAAGUGACAUGUCAACUUCCUACGGCCCUGGCGGGAUGACAGAUAGACAGGAAAUGCUCAGGCAGUAUCUGGGGUCCACGGAAUCACUGCUGAGAUUCCAGGCCAAACAUGCAGACGCCCUGCUGCAGGAAAUUAUUUCGAAGAACUCCAGCCCAGAUUCAGGGGGCGGGGCUUUAGCACCUGCCUAUCUUCUCUCGCUCAUGAUUGACUACGCCUCUAAACAUCUGGAUCCUGCAUUAUUACCUCAGUUACUUUUAAAGGCAGCCAAUCAUAUCAAAGGAAUUGUUUGGGACAAAAUUAAAGAGUUCGGUGACAAACAUCCAACACAAAACUCAGCAGAGGCUGAUGUUGAACUUCCUCCACCAAGCAUGCAGAAGCUCUCCUCUGACCUUCGACCUCUUAUGUUCUGGAUGUCCAAUGCCACGGAGCUCCUCAACUUCUUUCAGGUCAAAGUUGAAGCCAUGGAAAAAGAAUGGGAAUUUGAAGCCCCGGGUGACCCCGUUCUCUCAGCUGAUAUGGACACCUGUUCUGAGGCUCUGGCACAGCUGGAUGAUGUCAUUAUGCACACCUUUCAGCAGUGUGUUUACCAUCUGACCAAGACAUUAUACUCUUUGCUCCCAGCACUGUUAGACACCAACCCGUUCUCCAGUGAGGAGAUAAAGAAAGGAAAAGCAGGACCAAAGGACAGAGCUGGUAAUGAAGGGGAAGGAGAUGAGGAAGAAGACGCCUCCACUUUGCCGCCCACUGUCGCUGGACUGGUGGAAGUGUAUCGCUGCUCUCUGCAGCUUUCACGAGACGCUUGCCUCUCUCCACCGCUAACCUCCCAAACAUUUGGCUACCUCUUUUUCUUCACAAACACGUCUCUGCUCAACACACUCUUGGAGAGAGAUUCUCUAUUCUCUUGGUCACGUGCGGUUCAAAUUCGAACAAAUCUGGACCUGGUCUUAGACUGGCUACAAGGAGCAGGCCUUGGAGAUAUUGCGUCAGAGUUUCUAAAGAAGCUAUCAGUUACGGUCAACUUCCUGUGCAUACCUAAGACCCGCCUUAUUCAGUCAUCCUGGUCAAGUUUACAGGAAGAACAUCCUUUGCUAAGUCCUUCCCAGCUUCACCACCUUCUCACUCAUUAUAAGCUUGGACCAACGAGAGCCCCACCAUCUUCAUGGGCUCCGCCUCUUGGUACCGAACUUGGAGGUGAUAUUUUUGAGAGUUUCUUGGACCAUCCUCCUCUUAUCCUGCCUAACGAGACACCUCGCCUGGAUCUGACUCAGCCAAUCCCAAGCCCUGAGCUAAUAAAGGAAGUGACACGCCUGCGAACAUUCUUGUGGGGGCUCGACCAGGAUGAACUUCCUGCUAAUCAGCGGACUAGACUGUAACAUUAAUUCAUCUAGUUCUCACAUAGAGAAACUACCAGUCUUUAGACACUAGUAAUAAACUACAUAAAGACCUGUUCAUAUCAGAUGACAUUUAUUUUAUUUUUUUUGCCUGUCAAGCACAUCUGUUGAAUUUUAAUGGGUAUACACUGACUUCAUUAUGAAUAUGUAUAAUUCAUUGCAUUAGUUACCCUAAGGGUUUAUGCUUGAGGAGAUUCAUUGCCUGGUUGCAAUGAUAAAUGCCAGCCUGUUAUUUCACACAGUACUUUUUAUUCACUGUUAAUCUUACUAAAUAUGACACUACAACAAACAAUUCAAGCUGUUAUGAUCAGAUAAAUCAACUGCAUUGAUAAUAUUUUUUCACAUGUCUGUAAUAAAUAAAAAUUGCAUUUAACCUACUGGCAUGUUUUUUUAAAUUUUUUAUUAAUAGAUUCUCAUACAUUUAGUGAGAAGCUGUUGGGAAAAGUGGUGGCCACCUGCUGUUCUAUUAAUCAACACUGGGUGGCAUGAUCGCAAUGGACUCAACGAUUAGUUAGAGGAGACUCCACUGGUCACCACUGAAAAUUCAUAUCACUUAUCAUGACUUGUAUAUUAAUGAGGAUCAGUAUCCUGACAAUUACUUUAAGUUGUGUUCAAGAAGGGUUUUUAUAAAUACCUAUUAUAGGCUAUACCAUAAUUGUUUAUAGUGGAAAUUCUGAUACUUGCAGGUGCCCUUACAAUUAAACAGUGCAAACAUAUAACUAGUUUACGCCUAAAUACCACAGCUACUAUAGUUAUUGUUACUACCGAAAACCAUUAUAAAUGCAUAUGGGAUUUAUUUAUCUUUUUUUUUUUUUUUUUAAUUCCUUAUUUGAUGACGGUUCAACUAGCCUAAUACCAAUGUCAACACUAUUUUAUUGCAGUAAUAACUAUGUGGUGUUUCUAUGGUGUUUGGCGUAACCUAUGGUUACAGUGGUAAAUAUUUGUAAAGGUAAUAUAGCAUUUAGAUAGGCCUACUAGUUCGACGCCUGGGUAAACAUAGGCUAAUUAAGGGUUAUCCGGUGUUUCAUGCAGUUCAUGUUUACCAUGCGCUAGUAAUUAAUCCACGGUAGUUGGGUUUUCGACAUUUAAACCCAGAAUAAUCAUUUACAUAUUUAUGAGGUCAACAACAAUGACUGAACACAAAACAACUCGUGAUUCAUGGCUUUACCUGUUUGUUCAUCUCUGAAAAGGUCGCCACGUAAAUCCGUUCUGCCCUCAAACAAUUAAAAAAGCAAACACAUACGUUGUCUUCACUCCAGUUAACACAUGUAACAUUUUCCUAAGAUAUGGAGACUAAACACGGUUCGUGAAUGUCUGCGAGAGGCAAGUUAUAUUGGAAUUUAAAAACGGAAGAAGUUUAAAAACGUUAGGUAUGUAUUCAUUCAUUCAUUCAUUCGAACUUCUUUUAACAUUUUGGAACG